GCUCAGGUUGUGGUCGAGCAUGAGGCAGCCGCGAGUGGUGGAAUGGGAGCGCGGCUUCCCUGGGUUUUCUUACAGAGGCGGCUCGAACAAGACCUGCGACCGCGCGGGCUAUGUGCACAAUCUGCUAGCGGCGUGCCUGCCAGGAAGGCAUGGCUGCUGGCACGGCGGCGCUCGACCUCAGCAAGUAGUAAAAGCACGUGCCCCGCGACAUCCUCCUGCGAGAAGAUAGAUCGACUGGCUUCCCGCUCCUGCUGCUGCGUGCGCGAUGCUGCGCCUACCGCCUGCCUAAGCUCGCGAGGUUCGCGGGGGCGAUCGGCCCGAUCAUCAGGGCUAGCGGCACCAUCGCUGCCGGCUGCUUUUGCGCGCACGGGCUCGCGAAGGUGAUGGUCCACACCUUGCUGUCGAGCAGGCGAGGCGCUUCCCGCUAGUGAGAGCGCAGUCCCUGGUGAACGAUCAGCUGCUACAAGCUCUCGGCAUGCCAGCCCUGAUCGCGAAGCAGCUGCCUGUGGCGCUCGGUCUCGUGGUGACGGGGCUCACGGAGAGGAAACUCAAAGUCGAUUGGAGCAAAACGGGCUGGCUCACGGCGAAUGCGCAGCGAGGCCAGAUGCUUGCAGAGUCUUGGGACGUCGUGCGCAGCAGGAGCGUCCGUUACCUUGGCGAUGAUGCCUCAGACGGUGUCCGGAGAUAGGUAGUUGAGCAGGGUAACAUGAUCAAGAAAAGUAAAGACAUUGCCAUCUGAGUGCAUGACCUUAGGGUGGCUGGAGCACCGGCUGAGAGGGUUCAUCGCAGUUUUCCGACCGCCACCGCCAUCUGGGGCUCUGCUGUGAAAAGUAUAGAAGUUCAUAACGUUAAUCGUUUGCGCGUCAACACCCUGAGGUCUGAAGGUACGCUCCCUGCUGGUGCUAAUUUGUGGGCCGCAGACUUAAGUAUGUUUUCUGUGGGUUCUGGAGGGGCCCCGCAAUCGUGCAUGUAGGCGAGGUGGCGCACGCUUGGGCCAUGUGUGUCGAGACCGCCUUGCCUGCUAGGACCGUGUUGGAAACUGUUUUGAAGCAGUCUUGCAGCAUCCUUGUCGCCAGAAUGUCCUGGAGCCAGUGUAGCAAUCCCGCUCAGGUGCUCCACUUUGUGCUUGCCAGGAUCGGUGCUACGAUGCAGUUUGUCCGUGACAUCGUAGGACCCGCAGGAGAGGUAGUUGAUUUGGAUCUUGUUUCGCUUGGCAGAGCGGUGUCGGCGGUGGAAGCUAUGGCCGUCGCGGCCAAUGACAUCGUGUCGGUGGGCAGAUACCAGUGUUGGCGCCCAGAGUUGAAUUGGAAGCCCCAUGGAGGGCAUUUCCUGCUGCCGCAAGCAAAAGCUCUGGCAGCACGGUAGGAACUUGGAGCGUAGCUUUGUCUCUGGUACCCCAUGGCCUCAGCAACGCCUGCUCCGCCACGGUAGGUCGAUGUCGGGGAUUGCAGGAUGUGCAGAUGCCCAGGCACGCUCCACAACCGUGCUGUGCUUGUGCCCAGACAGCUUCAAGCGUACGGACAUGGCCCGUGUUUGUUGACAGUUCGGCGCUCAGCACGAAGCAUGGCUCGUGUGACGAGCGGGCUGGUCAGCAGCGCACGUAGAUUGCGAAGGCAACUUCGCUGCCUGUAUGUAUGGGGUGGUGCCGAGGCUUCGGGGCCCGACCAGUGGGUGCGGC